UGAAGGCAACUAGCAACUUUCCAACACUCUCCCCAUGGAAGAGGAGUGUUCAAAGGCCAUUGGGCUAUGAGGUGUACGGGCGAACCUGUGUGGACCUUGGCUCGUGAGAGAUCCGUCCUUCAUUGUGCGCAGUGGGACCUUGUUGAACACGGACCCAGCGCUGUGAGGAAGCUGUAGGAUGACCUCAGGCCAAGAGAUUUCUCCAAACUUGUUUGCCGCGAAGCUGAAUGCUCUUUUGCUGCUAGUUCUGCUAGACUGCUGUUGCAAUGGCUUUGCGGACAUGCUGUGGGAUCCAUCUCAUUAUGUGAUGACCAUCAUUUUUUGUGCGUUGCCGAUAGCACUGCAGCUUUUGAUGCUGAUCCUCUUCUUCAUGUUGCUGUGGCACACCUUCCUCCUGCGCUAUGGUCUGCUUCUGGAGCUGUGGGGUGAAUUGCGGGGAGUCGUGCUUUUCUCUUUCCUGCGAUUGGGAGUGAUGCUGGCAGCGCGUGUGCCGAGAUUGCUUGCAGCCCUGCAUAGUGUGACGCGUGAGGAGUACUGGGCAGAUCCUCUCAAUCAGGUGGCCUUUUGCAGCCACCAUUUGGUGAGUGUGUUCUACUGUGCUUGGUUGCUGCGUCGGGGAUACAGCUUGGCCCAAGUGCGCUUCUACAAGCCCCAGCUUUGGCAGAAGCAUCGUCGUGGCUCAGAUGCUGCAGAUGCUGCACGCUAGCUGUGCAGCUUGACAAGUUGUACAAAUGACUUAGUGGAUUAUAUAGAGUGAUCCGUGCAUGUCACCUGUUAAUGCCUUCCGGACCUUGAAACUGUGACAGAGGCUCUGGAAUUGUGAGGA